CUCAAGGUCGCUUGGAAACAGAAGCCAGCCAAAUUCGAUUUCGGGAUAGCUUACAGUGACAUCGCACCUUGGAGUUUCGAUCUCCAGACCGCCUCACCUCCUCGUUUUCCAGCUCUACUGCUUGACAGUUAUCUUUUAUUAUUCAGUAUUCUCAUGGCCACCACCAGACACACUGCUCUGCGCGCUCCCUGCAAUAGCGUACCUAUUUACAGGCUAGACGAAAUCUUAUCAACAACCAGUCGUUACACUGGGCUAUGUGUCAUCGUUGGUUGUGGUGGCUAUAUAUUUUGAAUCUAGCUUUCUACUUAACACGUUUUUAACCGAUGGACUACUUAUCACCUCUUUCUUCCGCCUUGUUUAUCAUGCAAAACGCGGAACAUGUGAGUAUCAAAAGUGAUGGCGUUCAGAAAAUGGCAGAUAUGAUAUUUGAAAACUGUAAUUAUAUCCCGUUUACUCUAGAUGUUUGGAUCAAACAAGAGUUAACACCUAAUGUUGCAGACGAGCAAGCAGUUGAAUGGAUAUUUGUGACUAGUUUACUCAAUUUUUCAUUUUGGAGUAACAGUGAUACACAAUUUGAAGUGUUAUACAAAAGUAAAGUGUAUGUGGGCUACUGGGCACUGUGUGCAGCAGUUAAUCGAGCUAUAGAUGAGGGAAUAGAUAUUCUGAACCCAGCAGUGUAUCAAGACAUGACAGAAGAACAGUUGAAACACAUAUUUCGUUCCAAUACCACCGAAUCCAUACCCUUGUUUAAUGAACGACUGAAUUCUUUGAAAAACGCAGGGAAAACUUUGCUGGAAAACUUCGAUGGAGCAUUCAGAAAUGUUGUAUCCAAAUGCGAUAAAUCUGCUUCAACACUUCUUAUACUACUUUGUGAUUAUUUCCCAUCCUUUCGAGAUUACGCAUCAUACAAAGGAAAAAAUGUAUCUUUCAUGAAGCGUGCUCAGAUUUUGAUUGGUGAUUUGUGGUACUGCUUUGAAGGAAAAGGAUUUGGAUUUUUCCAUGAUAUAGACGAAAUUACUGCCUUUGCCGAUUAUAGAGUUCCUCAGGUGUUACAUUAUUUUGGGGUCAUAGAAUACAGUGAAGAAUUAAUUACGAAGAUACGAAAAGGUGAAGAAAUUGAAAACGGAAACAAGUUUGAAGUUGAAAUUCGGGCUGCAACAAUUUUAGCUACACAUGUUUUUAGUCGAAUGUUCAAGUGGUAUAUUUGAAGUGUACUCAUCUUCUGGGAAGUAACUGUCAAAGAAGGAAUUAAAUGUUCAUAAAUUAGACGCCAUCCGGUAAUUGUAGAUGCUGUCAUAUGAGAUGGGAUUGUCAUAUUCAGGUACUAUAGAGACCAAGCUAAAGACAGUAAUUUAUGCUUUGUUUGGAAGCAUUUAAGGUUUAUUAUCGCAGUACGUUUUAGUUUCUUCAUCAUCACCGACCGUGGAAUCGGGAUGCAAUCUUCGACUAACAGUAUAGCCUGCAAAUUCACCAAAAUAUUGUCAAAUCGUUAAGAAGUAAGAAUGUUGAUUGUAAUUCAAUUAUGGUGGAUAACUUUUUAUGGAAUUAUCGACGUUCACAUGCUGAAGAAAUUGAUGCCUCAAUCCCAAUGCAUAAAACACGUUGUAUAUACUACUAACAAUAGUAUGGAUCAGUAGAAAUUGUAUAAUAAACAUCUUGUAUAUGUAUAUAACAGAAAUGAUUUCUGAAUAAAUUAAUUUGUUCCUGGUAUAUGCAGGUCUAAGUGACUUUCAACUAAACAAAGUUGCAUUCUGGUGUAGUUCCAUACAGAUUUGUAGAGUUGUUAAGAAUGAUCCCAGCAACCUUAUCGUUUUCAAAUAGAGUUAACUUUAGUGCUACUGGAGAAUUCGGUGUAAAG